AUGGCUCUAUGUGCGUGUUGUUCAAAAGUCUCUACAGCAGAUUCUCUUGUUUUAGGGGCUAUCCAGAUUAUGAUUGGAACCUUUAGUGUUUUCAUGUGGUAUCUCCUAUUGAUUUUGUAUAUAGGACAAAUUAAAGGAGUCUUUGGAACAUAUGAACCUAUAACUUACAAAACAGGAUGUUCUUUAUGGGGAAUUAUUUUUAUCAUUUCAGGAGUCUCCAUAAUAAGAGUAGCAAGGCAUCCAUCUCCACGCCUGCUUACAUGUACUAUGAUCACGAACAUCUUAUGCAUAAUUGUUGCACUUACUGCAGUGGUUCUAACAGUAAUGGAGUUGUCUUCUUUUGAGUCUGUGUCAUAUAGGAAUUACGGACAAGCGAAACUUGGGAGAGAAAUUUCACGUGUUUUACUGGGCUUCUACCCCCUGGAAUUGUGUACUGCUUUCACAUACAUGAUCUUCGGCUCUGUUGGUUUGUGUCACAAAAAUGAAGAUGAUCAUACAACUGUUACAGAGGAAGCUGAGAGUGCUUUUUAA